AGUAACGUCCUUCACGCACGAUGACUAGUCAAAUAUUAGACCUAGUUAGGCGUUUUAAGGUAUUGUGUGAAAGGAAUCCUGAUAAGUCAGAAGCUGUUGUUGCUAUUGAAGUUCUUGCGCAACUUCAUGAAUGCUCCGAUGUCACAACAGUUCAAGGUCUUCAUGAUGUAAUGAAUACAGCUAUAGAGCGUAUGUGGAAAGAGGGAGUUAGCAACCUCUCCGUUAUAUCAGCUUGUGAAUUAUUCCAGCGUUUUAUUACGCUAGCAACACUGGAUACAGUCGAUUUUGAUGAAUGUAAAAAAGUUCUUUCUGAGAGGGCCCAGAUAUUUAUCAGAAAGUUUCCCAGUAUGAACAUAUACACAUUUCUGUACAUCUUAGUUUGUUUAUUCAAUACGAAUAUUUCAACAGUGACAAUGACAAUCGUAGAUAAUGACUCGUCAGGUUCUGCAUCUCGUUUACUGGUUCUUCUAAUUGAUGGACUAAGAUGGGAUGUAAUAGCUAGUCAUUUAGAAAGUAAUACUAAUAAAUUCGGAUUCAAACGACUACAAGAAAAUGGUGCAUAUUUGCAACGUUUCACUCCUGUAUUUCCCGCAGAGUGUUAUCCGAAUAUUUAUUCACUAUUCACAGGUCGUCACCCAAUUGAUCAUGGAGUUAUUCUGCCAACAACAUUUAGUGAACAUACAACGAUUAAUGGUAAACCUAUUCGUUCACAAGUUGAAGGUCUUUGGGAGACAGGGGUAAAACAAAAUAAAGGUGUUCAUCUUUAUCAUUUGCCUAUAUGUUCUACUGAAGUUGGCGGUGAAAAUAGUUGGUAUUGUGAACCGUAUAGUCAAGAAGUUAUGAAUCCGAUAAAUUUGAAUGCUACAAUACAAAGAGCUGUGGAUGGGUUAAAAAAUGGCAGUGCUCACUUAGCAGUGGUAUACUACGAUGAAUUAGAUCGUAUCGGACAUAGAUAUGGUCCAUUAUCUAAUGAAUUAGUUCAUAAACAUUUAGUGUAUUUGGAUCAUGUUUUAGAUCAUGCAUUGAACAUCAUAGAAUCUAUACCAAAUUUAAAUUUAAUGCUAACUUCUGACCAUGGUAUGGCGACUGUCUCACAUCAAGCAUAUGCUGAUCGUUAUUUUAAAGGCUCAGAGUUGGAUAGAGUACUGAAUCGUGGAAGUACAUUGUGGAUCUGGCCUAAACCAGAAUUUGAAAACAAUGUUUAUAAUCGUUUACUAAUUCAACAAAGUAAAUCUCCUUUCACUGUAUACAAUUCAUCGACAAUCCCUUCACAUUGGGAAAUUAUGACGAAUAAUAAUAAUUCAUUAUUUCCACCGAUAUUGUUAAUCGCUUCACCGGAUUAUAUAUUUCAUUCCAAUGCAUGGCCAUUAAAUAUGAGUCAUUACAAUUUAAUCGAUCCUAAAGGAAUGCAUGGCUAUGAUCCAGAACUACCUGACAUGCAUAUUCCAUUAUUUAUUUAUGGUCCAAAUUCUAAUCGUGGUGUUCAAUUAAAUUUUACCAAAGAAAUUCGUCCAAUUCAUAUACAUAGUUUAAUGGCUUACUUAUCAUCGAUUAAUCUGCCAGAUUUCCGUUCACUCGAUUUAUUCAAACCAUUACUUUCACACAAUUAUGAUUAUGACAAUAAUCAGUUGUCACCUGUGUUGAAUAAUUUAUAUUGGUCAUUGAAUGACAAGUCAUCAUCAUUAUCAUUUUCUUCAUUAUUACAUGGAGAUCGUUUUAUGAUUACUUUUUUAAUCGGAGCAGCAGUGUUAACUUGUUUCUUUGUACUAAUUUGUACUUUCAUCGUAUUAGUCUGUAUUAGGUGUCGUAUUUCAUUGAUGACUACACGUGUAGUCGGUUGUCAUGAUGAAUUAAACAAGGAAUUAGUCAAGUCUGAGGUACUUUCUGAAGCUUAACUUCUCAGUCAUACUGUGUUCUAUACUAAUGUGUACGUGUGUUUCUUGUCUUUUUUCAACUAGUCUUUAUCCCGUUUGAACAAAGAAGAAAAUAUUUAUAGCACUCAGGUUAUUUUUGUCUGAUAAAAGACUAUAUAUCUUUUUUGUCGCUAAGCUACUCUUAUUGUUUUGAUAAACCCUUUGUAAGAUCCAUUUCAAAUAGAUUAUAAACUGACCAGCACUCAAACUAACUGUGCACCUCCCCAACAAUCUUUUCUCUUCACUGGACAGAUAAUCGCUAUUUUAUAGAAUAUAUAUAUGGGAUAUUUCUCAGGAUAUUAAAAUGGUCACUAAUUGUCAAUAUGAUUAUAACCGCUUUUUAAUGUGACAAUCAUACUACUAUUACUACUGAUAAGUGUGAUUACAAUAUCAGAGUAAUAAUAAUAACAACCGUUUUGUGAUUAUUAAAACCGGAUACUCAGUAUAAUAUUAAUAUUCUUUUAUUAGUCGAACAUGUAGUACCUUCGUUCAUGCACUUCCUUUCGCCUUAGAAUUUUUGUAUAUGCGUGCGUGCGUGCGUGCGCGCGCGCUCACCUGUCCAACCGAACAUUCAUUGUAUGCAUGGAUCAUCUAUUUCACCGCCUACGCCUACGGACUUAUAUACCAAUUCUACAGAGAUGUUUUGUUUUCUUUAUUUGAGAUUUAAUAUUUGUUCAAUUAUUUCGCCUUAUUUACCCUAGUGAUUUCGAUUCUAGUUUUCUGACUUCUUUCAUUAUCAUUAUUAUUGUUAUUGUUAUGUAUUUUAUAGGGAAAAAAACAAAAACAGAAAACAUGUAGUAUUUGCUUAGUUUAUUUCCCCUCCCCAUUACUUCUCUUUCAAUUGCUUGCUAGCUUCUCUUAAUUGGCUUUCUUUCUGUGAGUUUUAUCUUACGUAAAAGAGUAUAGCAAAAGUGUAGUUAUUAAAUUUAUCAAUAUUUUUGGAAAAGAAUAUCCUGUCCUUGUUUUUGUUUUCCCCUUGCAAAUAUUACAUAGUUUAUAGGAAAAAUCAAUCGAUAAUAGGGAAUAGUGAUAGAGAGAAGUGAGUAGUAAAGAAAAUUCAACAUAGUUCCCAUAUGAUUAAAGAAUACCAUAAACUCUAGAACUAAAUAAUGAUUUCAGAUAUACUAAACACCAUUUAAACUAAAAAUGAUUUGCCUGUUUCAAUUAUUAUGUUACACCUUUGUUUUCUUGAUAAUUUAGAGGAAAAAAGUUUUUUUUUGUACCUUUUGGUAAAUACUAAUGACUAACAAUCAAAUGUAGGAUUUGUUCUGUUUUAAAUCUGUUCAUUAAAUGUUUAUAAAAAUGUAACAAUC